AUGUUGGCAGAGAAGUUCAGGAAAGCCACGCGCUUCUUCUUCUUGUUGAACAGAAAAUACAUGUUGCACCACAACGUUCCCGGUAGGUCGUUUAGAAACGCUUGUGCAGGCUCGUACUGGAAACACGUGCACUCAUCCAGGUCCAUGUGGGUGUUGAUGGUCUGCCAUAUCCAGUCGAGUCUCGAGGACCGGCCCAGAGAAAUAAGCAGCGAGUUUAUUCGUUGCACAAGCUCUGCAGACGAAGGUAUCAGCGUAAAGUUGUUUGGUUGCACGGACGAAAAGUCAUGGUCCGGAUAA